UAAAGGAAUGAAAAACGAAAAUGUUAUGAGGAAUGUUCCCCAAAAACUUAUCAAGGAGCCGGCAACCAAGUUACCGGCUAAAGAAAAGCACUUGGCUAAAAAGCCUGCAUUAAGCGGCUUGGCCCCCAAACUUGCAAGCAAAAUUUCUAUUAAGACGGACAGUUUGAAACGUCCUGUAUCCAACAAAAAAGUUAACGAAGGAAAACAAAGCGUUACUAAGGAAAGCUGCUCGUCAAACUCUAUUGAUUAUGAUAAGAAACCAAAACUUCCCGAAGAACAGCUAUUGCAGGCUGAAGAGGCGAUGAGAAUAUUGGACUCUACUAUUCCCGCUUCUAUCAAAACUGGACUGAACAGCAAACUUUGGAAGGAACGCUACGAAGCCUCGAAAGAGUUGCUAAAGUUUUUAGAGAAUUCCGUGCAAAGUCGAUUACCUCUUCAAGCUUUUGCUCAUUAUAUUAUUCAUUAUAUAAAAGAUACAAACUUUCAGGUUGCCGGUACUCUUUUACAGUGUUUAUUGCAACUUUUUAAAACGGGCAAGGUGACUAUCCAAUCAGUCUCGGUAAUUUGCGAGGCUGUGCUAGAUAAGCUUCCCGAUAUGAAGAAUGGAAAAGCCGCAGGAGAAAUUCUAAAGCUGCUGUGCGAGCGCACCUCAUUAAGCCACGUGUUUGAAAAAAUUUAUGGCAGCGCGCUGGCCCAUAAGAAUCCCAAAGUUUUAUCUAACUGUUUAAUAUGGUUGAGUGAAACUAUUCAAGAGUUCGGACUGCUUUUAAAUUUGGAUAAAAGCAUAUCCUUUGCGAAGAGCUGCUUAUGCCAUAGCAAUCCUAUUGUUCGCAAGGAAGCUGUAAAGUUUUGCACGAUAUUGCGUUUGUUAGCUGGAGCGCAUAUAGAAGUAAAAUUCCAGGAAGUUAAGUCUCCUCUUUUGUUAACGUUGCAAUCAGAAUUUUCCAAGGUUUCCGGUAUGCUCCCCCCCAAGCCCACUAGAAAAAUAGAAAACGAAAACUUUCUUCCUGCAGAAAAUGAGACAAUAUCUACUGUGGAAGCGGCAAGAACGGAUAUUCGAGGCUUCCUAGCAAAAGAACAUAUUUUAAAAGAUUUAAAAGAUAGUAAUUGGCGCACGCGGAACGAAGGAAUGCUCAAGCUUCAAAAAGUUUUCGCAAAGGCCAACUUUUGCGUGGAAGCGAACAUAGGAGAACUACCAGAAACUUUGUAUCCACGACUAUUUGAUACAAAUAAGAACCAAGUUGCUUUGGCUCUCCACGUGCUUGGUGAUAUGGUGCACUCAUUGGGCUCUGCUUUUACAAAAUAUACCAAAAAAUACAUACCUGCUGUUUUGAAUUGUCUCAGCGAUAACAAAACAAACGUUAGAGAAGCGGCGCUAAAAGUAUUAACCGCAAUAUCCAAUGAAAUAGCUUUAGAAAAUUUGUUGGGGAAUGAAGACUUUUCAAAAGCACUUUUACAACCUCAACCUCUUCUUCGUGCGGAACUACUUUGCUGGCUUUCAUCUUAUUUUUCAGAAAAGCCUUCAAGUAAAGCUCUGACUGAGACCGCUUCUCAGCUAUUGGCCCCUGUUAUUCACUGUUUUGAGGACCGUAACGCCGACGUACGCAAAAAGGCGGGCACGUUGCUUUCUAUUUUUAUGAAGUAUUUGAAUUAUGAAAGUAUAAAAAGUAAAGUUGAGACAGCGCCAAUCAGCAAGUUUUCUAUAACAUAUGCACUUUCUCUUUUGGAAAAAGCAAAAUCUGGCUCUGAAGUUUCUUCUUCUCCCAACGAAUCAAAACUCUCUUAUUCCACGCGUCCGUCAGCCCCCGAAAAUACAACGGCAUCGUCAGAAGAGCCCGAAACGAUCACUUGCCAAUACCAUUCUCUAACUAAUGAAGAGCAGAUUCCGCAUGCUUGGCCAUUAGUAGAGUCUAAGCCAAUGAAACAACCCGCUUUUGAAAAUUCUAACUCUGAUAUGAGGGUUUUUGUGUUUGAUCCAGACGAUAGCAGCAUCUCAUUCGACAUUAUUGUAUCCCAUCACCAUUCAGUUGAUGUUAAUUUGUUGAAAAAAUUGAUGUUGCAAUGCGUGCAACGUGCACUUUUUUACCAACUUUUUAGUGAAGCCAAUAGAGAAAAGUUAGAAGGGCUGCAAACUUUAUGUGAAGCAUGUUCUUCUGAACAGAAUAAUAAAGCUCUUGUCAAAUGUUUACCUCUUUUAUUAUAUUAUGCAAAUUGGCUUUUAACACUUCCCUCGUCGCCGCUUCAUUUAAAAGCACUUGAACUUUUAGAAAGCCUUUUGAACUGGACUUCUUAUUUUGGCGGGCGGCUCAGCGAUCAACAGAUUUCUUUGUUUAUUGGAGCGCUUUUUGAAAAAUUUGAAGACGUUUCUACCUGCGAAAAAGCUAAACUUUUGCUACGCACGUUGUGUAGUUGUUAUCCCUCUAAUAAAGUUUUUCUUCUUCUUCUGGAAGCUGCAAAGUCGGAGAAAAUGCUUAUACGAAAACUUUGCUUUGAGGAAAUGGAGGGCGUUCUUGAGAAGUACGGAAUUACUAUUCUUCCUAAAAACUUUUUGGAACUUCUUCUUUUUGCAUUUGACUCUGAAGAUAAAAGUGUGAAGCGUUCCGUUUUUUCUUUUUUUAAAAAAGUUUAUUUAUUUAUGAUUAUUAUUUAUUAA